AUGGCAGGAAAUAGGUUUUUGGCUUGCAUUACAGACUUCUUCACGUAUGAGACGACGAAGUCAGUGGUGGUGAAGAGUUGGCUCGUGGGGAGCAUCAAUCGCUUUGUUCAGCUUCUCAUCAUCGUCUACUUUGUUGGUUGGGUGUUCCUGUAUGAAAAGGCUUACCAGACAAAGGAUACUGGAAUCGAGUCUGCAGUCAUGACUAAAGUCAAAGGCUUUGGUCGCUAUAGCAACCAGGUGAUGGAUGUGGCAGACUACGUAGUUCCUCAACAGGGAACAUCAGUGUUUUGCAUCAUUACCAGACUAAUAACGACAGCAAACCAAACUCAAGGAUUUUGUGCACAGAAUGGCAAGAGAUACAAGUGUAGCAGUGAUCAUGACUGUGAUACACACUUGGGUUCUCACCUUGCAAGCGGUAUCUUCACAGGAACGUGUUUGACAGACGUGGGGCAGUGUGAAGUGGAGGGCUGGUGUCCUACAGAAGAUGACAGUGUAUCCACGAGCUUUAUGGCUGAGGCAGAAAACUUCACCAUUUUCAUUAAGAACAGCAUCCGUUUCCCUCUUUUUGGUGUCACUAGGGGCAACUUUGCUCCAAAGAUUAACAUAGCAUGUAUAUAUGAUCCUGUGACCAACCCUUACUGCCCCAUCUUUAGAGUGGGUGACAUACUAAAACUUGCCAAUGAAACCUUCAGCACAAUAGCUAGACAGGGAGGCCAGAUUGGAAUCCAUAUCAGAUGGUUCUGUAAUUUUGAUGAGCCUGUGGACAACUGUAGACCUUCAUACUCCUUUACCAGACUAGAUGAUGUGUUUGGGGAAAAUACUGUUUCCAAAGGUUACAACUUCAGGUUUGCCAAAUACUACAGGACACCCUCUGAUGACGACUACCGCACACUUCACAAAGCCUUUGCCAUUCACUUUGAUGUAAUGGUCUCUGGCGAUGCUGGAAAGUUUGAUGUAAUCCCAACACUCAUCAACGUAGUCGCCGCCUGCACCUCUGUCGGCCUGGCAACUGUCCUCUGUGAUGUAAUUCUUCUGAACUUUCUGAGAGGUGCAGACCAGUACAAAGCAAAGAAAUUUGAGGAGGUGUCUGGUGAGGGAGUGGAUGCGAAGAGUGAAUAUGAAAGCCAAAGUCAAAGCCUUCAGACUCUGAAAACGGAAUUAAAGGAGGUCUCAUGUGAAUCCAGACUACAGUUUGCUAAUGGCCACCAGCCUUGAGUAACACGACACGGAAAUUCAAUGACAUUUUUUUCCCACUCACCCAUGAGAGGGUU